UGCUGGAUAAUGCCACCAGAAUAACAAAAACCUGGAAAUAAAAAUAAAGAAUUGGCUUUAACAAUGGUGUAAAAAAAGAAAAAACUUUUGAGAGCAAAGAGAGUCUGCAUGAACUAUUUAACAAUUCUGCUGUGCAACCGAAAACCGACGAUGCUCUCGCGCCGGAGCAAGGAGAAACAGCACAAGGAGGGCGUGGUGGGAAAGUAUGUGAAGAAGGACACUCCGCCGGAGAUACCCGUGAUCAAUGUGUGGUCCAGUGACCAGCGGUCCAAGAAGAAAACGCUGCAGCGCUGUGCAAGCACCUCGCCCAGUUGCGAGUUCCAUCCGCGCAGUUCGAGCACCAGCAGGAACACAUAUUCCUGCGCAGACUCUCAGCCGGAUUACUACCAUGCCCGGCGGGCACAGAGCCAGAUGCCUCUUCAGCCGCACAACCAUCACUCCCACACCCAUAUGCAUACGCAUCCGCCUCUGCCGCCCCAUCAGUUCCGGGCCAGCAGCAACCAGCUGAGUCAGGGCAGCGCUGGCAGCAGCAGCAGCAACUAUGUAAACAUAGAGCAAAUCGAUCGGAUGCGUCGCCAGCAGUCAUCGCCGUUGCUGCCGACCAGUCCGUCACCGGGCCCGGCUGCAGGUGGAUUUCAGCGCAGCUACUCCACCACCCAGCGCCAGCAGCAUCCGCAUCCGCAUAUGGCGGCAGCUAGCUACGAUGCGGAUCAGGGCAUGCUAAGUGCAUCCUAUGCGAAUAUGUUGCAACUGCCGCAGCGCCCGAACUCUCCCGCCCACUAUGCUAUCCCCCCACCUCAAGCCCAGCAGCUCCAACAGCAACAUCACCAACAGCAUGCAUCCACCCCUUUCGGGUCCACAUUGCGCUUUGAUACGGCCGGCAUGUCGUUCAGGGAUCGCCAGCCAAGGUAUCACCCCACUAGGUCACCCAUGCAACAACAGCAGCAGCUACAGCACCAGCAACUGGCGGCCCACCUGGGUGGCAGCUACUCCAGUGACUCUUACCCGAUUUAUGAGAAUCCGUACCGCGUUUCCUCGAUGCGAGCCACUCAGUCGCAGCGGUCAGAGUCGCCGAUCUACAGCAACACCACGGCUUCCUCUGCCACGCUGGCCGUGGUACCACCGCCCCAUCACCAAGGUCAUCUAGCGGUGCCUGGUGCCGGUGCAAGUGGUGGGGGAUCUCUCAGCGGAAGUGGCCUUGACGGCAGCUCGGGCAGCAUUCGUGGCGCCUCUACCUCAGUGCAGUCUUUGUAUGCACCACCCCGCACACCUCCGAGUGGAGCGGGCGGAAUCGGCGGCAGUGUGAAUGGAUCUCUUCAAAAGGUGCCAUCGCAGCAAUCGCUCACGGAGGUCGAGGAGCUGCCCCUGCCUCCGGGUUGGGCCACGCAAUACACCUUGCAUGGACGAAAGUACUACAUCGACCACAAUGCUCAUACGACUCACUGGAAUCAUCCCCUGGAGCGGGAGGGUUUGCCUGUGGGAUGGAGGCGGGUUGUGUCCAAGCUACAUGGCACAUACUACGAGAACCAGUACACUGGGCAGUGCCAACGGCAGCAUCCGUGCCUGACCUCGUACUAUGUUUACACGACAUCCGCGGAGCCGCCAAAGGCCAUCCGCCCGGAGGCUUCACUCUACGCCCCGCCCACGCAUACCCACAACGCUCUAGUGCCGGCGAAUCCUUAUCUACUCGAGGAAAUCCCCAAGUGGCUGGCCGUCUACUCCGAGGCGGACUCUUCAAAGGACCACCUGCUUCAGUUCAACAUGUUCAGUCUGCCGGAACUGGAGGGCUUUGAUAGCAUGCUGGUGCGACUUUUCAAGCAAGAGCUGGGGACCAUUGUGGGAUUUUAUGAGCGCUAUCGUCGCGCUUUGAUACUCGAGAAGAAUCGGCGGGCCGGCCAGAAUCCCAAUCAGAUUCAGUGACGUAGCAGCAGCAAGUGACGACUGAAACAGACCACAUACUCGCCAGCAGCCUGAUAGCCUAUAUCCUGCAAUCAUUAACUUAUUUAUCCAUCGACUCAUUGCGAUAAUCAGUGCCUUAGACUUACGAAGACUACGAAGAGAGCAGAUCAGCGGAGCAUCCAUUUGACCAAUCGAGUGCCUAGUUUUAACGUAGAAAUGUGUUACGUUCGAUUACCCCCUUUUAUUACUGUGAAUUGAGCUGCGUUUUUGUUUGUAAAAUGUGCAAAUUAAACAGGUUUAAUGCUCAA